AUGAGUGUUCGAGACUCACCUAGUGUUAUCACACGCCGUGCCAUUAACAAACUUCUUAAGGAUCUGCGUGAUAAGCUCCAACCUGACAAAUUGACAAAGGAAGAUAACAAAUACUACGAAAAAAUUAAAAAGUUGAAAUACAAAGAAAUGAAAGAUAAAUGGGAGUGCGAUGUUCUUGAAGGAAUCCCCGUCGAAGACUUUGAGAAGUACAUUGAAGAAUUACAAGAGAGAUACAGCCUUCCAGAUAAAGCAAAGAAAUCAUUUCUUGACGUAUUGAUCUCAAAUGAAAAGCAUGGAAGUCCCAAUGAUUUUAAUUUGUCUGAAAACGGUGAGAUUACAAUGUUCUCCUUGGAAUUUAUUACAAGAAGGAAAAAUGAGAAGAUAGAUCUAGUAUUUGCGAUGUACAACUUGUCUUUUAAAAUCGAAAAUGAAGAGACUUCCAGUAACAAGAAAGCCUUCAGCAUGAGUGAUGGAAAGAAACACGCGUUCCACAAGUUGUAUCAAGAAAAGUUAUACAACUACGUUGAUAAAAAAUGCAAGGAGAAAGCAGCAGAAAAAACGGACUAA